AUGGAAAUUCAUGGUGGAACUGAUUGGCAUAGGGAUUCGGAAAUUUCAAUGAUUCAGUUGAGAUCGCCCAAGACUUCUCUCUCCACUCGAACCUCGACUGGCGACAAUGAGGUUCAAUCGCAAAAUUUUGUGCCACUCAACAGCGCUGAAACAUCAGAAAGUGUGCUUGUUAGACUCAAUGGCCGCCCAAAAUAUGAAAUAGAUGAAUUACCUUUCAAAGGAAGUCCCUCUCUAGGAGACAAGCCAAGCACUACAGAAGUCGACAUAAUCGGAGUUCCUGCUAUUGGAGGAGAUCCAGAGAUGACGUGGAUGCCUGAAGCUAAAUUCACACAGGGCGGGCUCUUUUCAACUGAGAACGAUAGAGAUAUAAAAUCGGCAUCAAUGAGAAUGACUCCUGUGUCGCCAGCUUACUCGACGAAACAUUUUCAUAGAAGAAAGCCUGCGUGGAUUGUCCGCGAUAUUCGUAGCCACAAGAACCUGAGCAAGGCUCGAGUUCUUUUGUAUGACCAUGGGUAUCCGAAAGAAGGUGAUACAUUGAAGCAAUUAGCCACUAGGCUUUUGGAUAGCAUCAGGAAGCUAAGGUCAUUCGAGAAGGAACAUCGACCCCUUUUUUUCGUCUGUCACAGUACCGGGGGACUAGUACUCAAACUAGCUCUAACCGAUGCUCGAAGGCUCAGAGAUCCUAUUCUUCAUGAUUGUUAUGGCGUCACUUUUUUCGCAACACCACACAGAGGCUCAAGUUAUUUAUCGCAGCCAGCAUUUUCUGGAAAUUCGAACAUUACCGGUCUCGAUCAAGGAAAGCCUUUUCAUGCACCUAUCACAUCUAUUAAAUCCGCAAUACUUAAUCUGCGUAACGAAAGUGUAUUUCCAUUGGUGAGCACUCAUACAAAGUGUGCCGCGUUUGGCUCCGCAAAUGAGCACACCAAAGAAGCUUAUUUGCCGGCACUAGCCGCUCUGGUCGAGCAAGCUUGCAAAUUGAGUAAAGAAACCCACUUUGAACUAAAUCUCGAGCACAGAGUGGAGGUAGAGAUCAAUGGGUUCUAUGAAGGCUCUGCUACCAUCUCAACUAACGAGCCUCCAAUCAGAGUCUGGUCAACAAACAGAUCUCUUCACGAUUUUAGACGAAAUGGUCCGACCAAACUUUUGAAGGAACGAAGGGAAGAAGUAUCAACUGCUCCAGGGACUGGCCAAUAUUUACGUCGCAAUGCCAGAGCUCCAUAUUUGUCUAUAGAUAAGGUCACUUCUGAUGACAACAAUAUUGAUGAUGAUACAUUGGAUACCGACAAAAAAUCGAAAUCGAAAUCGGAAUUGAGGCUUUUUAAGAGAAGUUCAAGCUGUCCACCUGAAAGUAGACGAGAGCUGAACAAAUUCGUAACCCUUGAGUUUAUGUGGAUACAUGUACCGUUCAACAAUCCCACCUGGGUCCCAGAUAUUCUCGAAAGAAUAUCAGUCGAAAAGGGGUCAGAUGUUCACAGUAAAAUGCUAGAUCACGAGCACUGGCAUUCAAAACAUGUACGUGGAAGGUAUCAAGAACAUCAUCAUGCUUGUUUCUUAAAGCCUCAUUGUUCUUUUUUUGGCUUAGAAAGUGUAUUGCCAUUAGCGCCUCCUAAAAUUGGCAUUGGUUCUGUCGACAUGAAUCAUGUCCAAAUGUGCUUAUAUUUGCCUUAUCUUCACUUUGAUACCUAUCAGGCUCUUGUGAAAAGGAGAGCUUUCGUGAAACAAAGAAUCAAGCAAGGCCGAUCGAGACCUAUUCCUCAACAAGUUUCAAAGCUUGACUCGCAAGAGAUUCAAGUCCUCUGGCAGUAUUUGGGACACGACCCUCCAAUAAACGCUCGGCGUACACUAGAUCAAUUUGCAUAUCCAAGUCUUCUCGAUACAAGCGCGAGAGAUAAGGGUCAGAUGUUGUAUAACUCGGGUGACAAGGCUAGCCAAAGAAAGCGAAGGAAGCGACUUAUCCGCUGGAAAUACAUCGAUUCCGACGACCCAAGCGAUAGCGAUUUGGCGUCUGACGAUAAUGCUGAAGAUGGGACUGUCCUCAUGGUUGAUCAGUUUUGGCUAUGGGUCGUUGAUGAUCUCUUAUCACUUUCUUUCCUAGAAACUCAGCUGCAAGCGAAAGGGAUUUUAUAUCAACAAGGGGAUCUUCGAGACAGCAUUUUCAAUGAAGUCAACGGUGACCUUAUUUCUCGCUGUGAGAAUGCGUAUGACCUUGCGGCUUUGGCUACCCUUCAUGCGGUAACUGUCUUAUUCGAACGAACUUCUCAUGCUGACUUGGAGGUCUUUCGAAUAUUUGAAGGGGCGAUCAGUAUUAUGGCAAAGAAAAUGUUUAAAUACUUCCAAAAUUUACAACUGCGGGAUAUUGAAGAUGAGUUGAACAUUUUGAAAACAUUGUUUACUACUCAAAUGACAGAAAUUAGUAAGAUGAUUAAGUCCUAUGGGAGAAUGAAUUCCACUGAGAAUGGGCGAUUGUACUUGAUGAAUGCGAAGGAGUAUCUGGAGAAAUACACUCAGCAGGUCGAGAGGAUGAUCGAGAAUUUGAGAGGUACUCGAGAUGAGUUCGACAAGUUUCUAGCAAUGACUCAGACACAGACACAGGUUCGCCUUGCAAGGCUACAGGCGGAUCUUGCCGACGCUAAAAAUAGAUCUUUCAUGAUAUUCACAAUGGAAAAGGUCUUCACGGUCAUUUUUCUGCCACUUAGUUUCUUCACAGGUCUUUUCGGGAUGAACGUCCAAGAAUGGGGUGGUGGUGAUUACCUUCCACUUCGCACUGUAGGUGCAAUCGCAAUCCCGACAUCCCCUGCCCUUAUAACACUUGCAUUUGUCAUUGCCUGGAGCAUCCGUGUUCGUCGUGUCUUCAAUUUCAUUGGGAAAAAACUUUCGCAUAUCUACCCUAGUAUAUACAGCCAUGUCAACAAAGCCAUCGACAGAAUUCUUGAGACCGAGAAGGACUCUGGAAAAAGAAGCAGGAUGAAAUAA